AUGACGUACGCCGACGUCGCCGCGUCGACGCCGUCGAAAACCGCGCGCGCGCGCGGCUCUGGGCGGACGCGCGGGACGAAUGUCAACGACGAUGCGAUCGACCGCGCGUUGGUCCUCGCCGCGCGAAUUCGCACCUUUCUGACGACGUACGACGCCCGGGAUAAGUGCGCGAGCAUGGCGCAGUACUGCGCGUUGUUCGUCUCCAACGGUGAGGCGGGACGGGCGCUGAACGCGUCGAAAUCGCUCGCGAUGGCGCGAAAGCCAUUCAGAGCGCUCAAGGAGCUCGACGCGCUCGCGCCGGCGGUGGAACGGAAGUUUGGAUCGAAGACGCGCGCGCGGGCGCGGAUGAGCGCGAUUGAGGAGGGGGCGUUUUAUGGCAAAGCGUUGGGGAUGUUUGCGUACUUUGCGUUCGAUCACGUGGUGUGGGCGACGAGCGCGGGGAUCGUGGGGUCGACGCGCGACGCGGCGCUGCAAGAAAAGGCGCAGCGGGCGUCGUACUGGGGAUGGUUCUUGGGAAGCGCGUGUGGGUUGUUCCUGGAUACGAAUUCAUUGAACGCGCUGUUGGAUGAGAUGAAGGCGAGUGGAUUCGGUGAGCGAGGGGAGGAGGAGGAGGAGGAGGAGGAGGAGGA